AAAAACAAACACACAACAGCUACUUACUGUAGAAUAGCAGAUGCCAUCUAAGUGAAUUGUAUUGUAGCUAGUUGAACAUGACCAAAGCAUCACCACCAGGAAGGUUGAGUUGACCAAAGGAAGAAAUAAUUUACACACCUGCUUAGGGUGUGGCUAGAGGCACAGGCACUGUGAGGAAUGAGUCCAUGACUGCAAGUAUGCAGAGCUCAUUAGAGAAGCAAGUUCUCAAAGGACAGAGGUGAAGCCGAACCCUAGGCUACAGCACAUAUGAAAAAAAGAGGACAAUUAAGGAAAGAAACACCUGAGACUGUCCUAGAAACUGUGAGGAGAAGCAAAUUCUCGCUUCAGCCAAUAGAAGCUCGACUCUCAUAGUGUUUACCUACUUUGCGUAACACAGGCCCACCCACACACAUUCUGAGGUGUUUCAGUGAAAGAACACUGAACAGACGGCUCUGUGCAGUGCAGUGCAUGGUUCCCAGUCCAAUCAGCAGAUGCCUUAUACUAUCUGGAUUUUAUCCUCUGACGAAGAUGGUUUACCGUGUGGUGAUAAAGCAACAGAAGUAAAAAGGAAAUAAUGCAAAAGGUGUCUCACGGCUCCUGACCAGUGAACAAAAAUUUGAGAAAGACAGCCAAGCUCAUGUUUUCUCCUGAUCAAGAAAAUCAUCCUUCCAAAGCCCCAGUAAAAUAUGGUGAACUCAUUGUCUUAGGGUAUAAUGGGUCUCUCCCAAAUGGUGAUAGAGGAAGGAGGAAAAGUAGGUUUGCUUUGUUUAAAAGACCUAAGGCAAAUGGGGUGAAGCCUAGCACCGUGCACAUUGCAUGUACUCCUCAGGCUGCCAAGGCAAUAAGCAACAAGGACCAGCAUAGCAUAUCGUAUACUUUAUCUCGAGCCCAGACAGUGGUGGUUGAAUAUACUCAUGACAGCAACACUGAUAUGUUCCAGAUUGGUCGGUCAACUGAAAGUCCUAUUGAUUUUGUAGUAACUGACACAGUUCCUGGAAGUCAGAGUAAUUCCGACACGCAGUCAGUACAAAGCACUAUAUCAAGAUUUGCCUGUAGGAUCAUAUGUGAGCGCAAUCCCCCCUUUACAGCUCGGAUUUAUGCUGCAGGAUUUGAUUCAUCAAAAAACAUCUUUCUUGGGGAGAAGGCUGCCAAAUGGAAGACAUCUGACGGGCAAAUGGAUGGCUUGACCACUAAUGGAGUUCUUGUGAUGCAUCCACGCAAUGGGUUCACAGAAGACUCCAAACCUGGAAUAUGGAGAGAAAUCUCAGUAUGUGGGAAUGUCUUCAGUCUGCGUGAAACCAGAUCAGCUCAGCAGAGAGGAAAGAUGGUGGAAAUUGAAACCAAUCAGCUGCAAGAUGGCUCCUUAAUUGACCUUUGUGGUGCAACCUUGCUGUGGCGUACUGCAGAAGGCCUUUCCCAUACUCCUACUGUGAAGCACUUAGAAGCUUUAAGACAGGAAAUCAAUGCAGCUCGACCUCAGUGCCCUGUAGGGUUCAACACACUAGCCUUCCCCAGUAUGAAGAGGAAAGAUGUUGUAGAUGAAAAGCAACCAUGGGUAUAUCUAAACUGCGGCCAUGUUCAUGGCUAUCAUAACUGGGGAAACAAAGAAGAGCGCGACGGCAAAGAUCGUGAAUGUCCUAUGUGUAGGUCUGUUGGUCCCUAUGUCCCUCUGUGGCUUGGAUGUGAAGCUGGAUUUUAUGUGGACGCCGGCCCUCCCACCCAUGCCUUUAGCCCCUGUGGGCACGUGUGUUCAGAAAAGACAACGGCUUACUGGUCCCAGAUCCCACUUCCUCAUGGUACGCACACUUUUCACGCAGCCUGUCCCUUCUGUGCACAUCAGUUGGCUGGUGAACAAGGCUAUAUCAGACUUAUUUUCCAAGGACCUCUAGACUAGCAGCUGUCCUCCAGGACUGCAUUAUAAGUUUAUAAGCUAAGUGAUUGGGUUUGCUAACCGACCCCUUGUCUGUGUAAGUUUCUCUGCUCUGGUCAUUUGCAUUAAGAUGAAGAAUUUUUUAAAUAUUUAUAAUAGCAAUUUCUGAGAAAAAUUUGGGAAACUCAAGCAAAGGAAUUUUUGAAAGUUCCAGACUUCUGAAUUCUGAGUUUUGAAAAUCUAUUUUGAGGAGAAAAAGACAUAGUCUAAUUUGAUGCCUUCCUUCAUUUAGUGUUCUUGAAUCACCGCCUGCCCUCAGUGUUGAGAGGUUGUGCUGUAGAACUGAGGGUCUGUUGGUUCAAACUAUGUUAGUUUACAAUUUGUUGCAAACAUUGUAAAAAUACAGCAACAUGUAUAUUAAUUUUUUCUAUUUAUCUUUAUCAUAGAAAAUAUGUUAGAAUGUUGUGAUAGGCUAGCAUGGUAAUGAUGGUGUCACACAUUUGGUGUGAGUGGUAGGGUAGUGGGCACGAGGCUCAAGGAUUUGCAAAGUUAAGGAGAAAGACAGGAGAGUUCCUCCCCCCAAGCCCCAUAUAAGUAGGGGAUUUGAUGAACUAGAAUAUUUCAUAAAACCAGAUUCAUAUUAAUUACCAUUGUCUAAAAGGUGUUUGUUUUUAACCAUAUUGAAGUUAACCAGAAAAUGGUUUUUUUCCUUAAUGUUUCUCUCAAGUGUAGUACUAUAACAAAAGUUAAUGCUAAGAAACGUUUUAUAUGCUCCUUUGAAUAUGCAAUUUAAUCUAGAUGAUCUAUUUUUCUCCCAUGAUAACUGAUCUGUUUUUAGUGCCAGCAACAUUUGGCAAGUUUAUUUUUUUGGAUAUAAACUGUGGUUCAUCUGUUCACUGUUUCUAAAAAAAAAAAGAAAAAAGAAAAAAAUCCUAUGAGAAAGUCAAGAAAUUAACAAGAAAUUAACAAGAAAAUUACUUGAUUUGCUCUAGAAAAAUGAAAUAAAAAGUGUUUUGUUAAUUAUUCUGUAUUUGGAUUAUUCCAGGCAUUAGAACAUCUAGAGCUGUAAAGGGUUGGCUGCAGUGGUACCUCCCUUUGUAACCCAGCAGACCAGCCUUAACUGGGCUUGACUCCUCAGGAGCUGGCCUCAGUGUGACUCAUGGAAAUGUUUGCUUAGUGGCUGAAAGCAAGGACACUGCAGGGGCUGCUGCUCUUCCUCCAUAUGUGCUGUGCAGGACAGUCUCUUCUCACCCUAGCCUUUUUAAAUGCACCAGAAGUACAGACAGUUGCACUACACCAAACCCUUUGAACACUUGUAGAAAUCAGUACACUGUAGAUUAGACAGAAUCAUCUUUCAAUCCUUUGACUUCUUUUCCUUUAGUUUGAAAAAUUGUAUAAUAAUUGACUAUUGUCAAUUUUUUAUGUGAUAGUAUAGCUUUAAUUUAUCUUACUACAUCAACAUUUUGAUUUAAAAAAAAUUAAAACAAAACAAAAAAAAGGUCACUUAGAAGCCAUGAACUAUUUUAUUUUAUUGUCAAAAUUUCUUGUUUUGAAAAUUAUCAUUUGGGUUCACUCAGGAAAUGCAUGUCAAGAUUUGUAUUAUAAGUUAGCUGUGAUGUAUCAGUAACUGCUGGUUAUUACCCUUUUUUCAAAGAAAUUUAAUUGAUUUGAAGUUUUCUUGUCACAAACUUUGUGACUAAUGCAAGGAAACCAAGUCCUGUGUUGUGUUUUGUCAUUUCUGUUGAGGCUCUAUAUUGUAGCUUAAUUUUUAUUUGCAAUUAAUUUAUUCAAACUAAGUAAAUACUUUUCAAAAUAGAUA